AUGGCCGACUCCAGCCAAUCCGAAUAUCGCACCAUUGUGACGCAAGACGUGGCGGCUGGAGACCCAGUUGCUUGUGUCGAGGGAGGGAGGGAGGGAACCGAGGGUGCGCGUGUGAAAGCUCCGCCCCCAGCCCUAGCUCCUCCUUCCCGCUUCAGCAGGUCCAGGCUCUGCGCCAGUGCAUCCUUCUGCGAGAGGGCGCUGCCUGGGCCCGCUUGCCCUGGAGUUAACUUCAGCAGUCAACGGGGAGAAGAGUGGAAACCUUACUGGAUGCGGACAGGAGAGCCAGUUACUGAAAGCAGAUACAACGCGGAUCCUGUAAAGAGUGAAUUGUAUAUUUCCACAUAUGCCGGACAAUAGGCAGAAAGUGGAGACCCAAAGAACUUGUGAUAUGACGGACAUAAGAAGCUUCAGUUGGCCUCAAAUGUCAAAUAAUAUCCUUCCUGAAUAAUCAAGAAUGUCAAGCUUUUACUUUCUACAUCUUGGACUGUACUUUGUACCAAUCUCAAGUCCCAUAUGAUGCACUUUCUAGGUGAAAAGUUUUUUUUACAGACCUUAAAUUUUUCUUUAUUUACUUUUUAGAGUGAUGGUAUAUAUUAGUUUCACCAUGUUAGUAAUUCAUGCUAUAUAAAUGAUAAGCCAAAGUAAGAAAAAUAGUGAAAUGAAUUGCAAAUCUAACUACAUUUUUUAGUUUCCAUAAUUACCACAGAAAUUGCUGUUAGUGCACUUGAUCCAAGAAGAGUCAUUCACAAGCUCUCCCUUGCAUGUUUCCCACCUGGAUACAGAUUCGUUUAGAGGUCAGCCUCUGACACAAGAUCAGUCAAUCCAAUGCCUGCCAUUAUAGUUUUGGAAAGGUGCCUAAAAAGACAUUAAUUUUCCUCCAAAUGACAGAAACUAAAGGCAGGUAAAUGCGGCAGCUAUUGGUGUACUUGGAUGCUGAGGAUCAGGCAGAGUGGCUUGGUAAUGAGAGAGAUGAAUGAGACAGACACCCAGAGAGAAAGGAAAUUAAGGAGCAGUAAAAGCAUUUUACGCCCCUCCCUCCACUCUGCCAACCCUCAGGGCUCAUACACUUUUGCUAACUAUAUCACUUAUGUGCUGUUGUAUACCAAAUUACCUCAAAACUAAGUGGCUUAACACAACAGCAUGUAUUAUCCCACAAUUUCUGUGGGCUGAGAAUCUAGACAGGGCGUAGUUAGAUCCCCUGUGUCAGAGUCUUCCACGAGUUUGCAGUCAAAGUCCUGACUGAGGCUGUGGUUUCAUCUGAAAUUUCAAAUGGGGAAGGAUCCUUUCCCAAGUUCACUCAUAUGGUUGCAGUAGGAUUCAGUUUCCUGCAGACUGUUACACUAACAGCCUCAGUUUCUCACCACCUGUUGGCCAGAGGCUGCACUCAGUUUCUUGUCACAUAAGCUUCUCAGCUCACAGCAUGACAUCUGCCUUCGUCAGAGUGAAAAGAGAAAAAGCCACCAAGAAGGAAGUCAUGGUCUAAUCUUGGAGGAGAAUCUUAUGACUUUUGCUGCUAUCUUAUUAGAAGCCACUACAUCCAGCCUCUACUCAUGGGAAGGAAAUGACACAAGGUGUGGGUAUCAGGAGGCAGAAAUCUUUGAGAGCCGUUUUAAAAGCAACCUAACACACUGACAUAUUUCAGUCCUUAGGCACUGUAAAAUAGCCCAAAUAUCCCCGCAAUACAUCUGAAUGCUUGCCUAAAUUCUCCAAAAUUCUUUUCUAUUAUUUACAACCAAAACUUCUUACAUAUAUCGAAUAGUUUAAUUAAAUCCAAAUUUAGAAUCAAGAGGCAAUUGUAUUAUGAGAAAAUAUAUUACUACAUUUCUAAGUUCCUUUGUCACACAUACACAAACACAACUAACAGAGUAUUUAAUAGUGAUAAAGGCUGAGAUAUGAGAAAACAAAAUACUAGGAAUUCUUACUACUAGGAAAAUAAAUCCUAUGAAGAUGAAAAUUGCUGAAAUUUUCAAGUAGAUAGUGAAAAUACAUGGUGGCUGUGGCAUUCCUUCCUCUCCUCCCCUUCUUCCUCCUCCUCCUCCUCCUCCUUCUUUUAAAACCCUAAGUACUUUCAUGGAGGACAUUUAUUUUUCCAUGCUUUUCAUUUUCUAAACAUCUUAGUUUUCUCUCAUCAUCUUAUACAGUGGAAAAAGUAAGCAAAGAAAAUAGGAUAACACUAUGAUAAAUUUGAAUGUUUCUCUGCUUCAGAUUACAAGGUACGUUUUUGUGGUAAUUAUAAAAAUUGAAAAAAAAAUGGUGAAAACCCCUUAUCUUGGGUUACUGUGUCAAGUAGGAAGUUGAGCAGCAUUUCAAAAAACACCUUUAGCAAAAUUCCCCUCCCUGGUUUUUCCUGCAAACAUUAACCUCAAGCGUUUACUUCCUUCCAUAUUAUUUAUACAUUUAACCUCAAAAUUUUAUUUAAGAAGUCACAAGGAGAUCUAAGAAAAGGCCCAAAUGUCAGCCAUCUGUGGACCAGACCUGAAAAGCUUCCUGGAGGAGAUGAAAACCUCUCAUUUCAUAGAACUGAAAAAGGGCCAUUGUAUAGACCAGAAGCUGCGGUGCAGCUCCUCCAGGUCUCACCAUUGAAUCAGGAAUCCUAUAAAUAUGCACCUCAACCACAUAAACAGUUUCUCUUCAGUUUCUGGAUUGGAGUUUAUCUUUGCUGUGCAGAAUCAAUUUAGCUUUGGACAGAAAAAUUUGCAAGAAAUCAAAAAAGCGGGUUUAAAAAGCAAACAAAGAGACAGGAUGGGCACGAUUUCCUAAACAUACCAGAACAGAGCCAUGUGUUGGAUGCUAUAUAAGAAAGCAAAGAAAUUCCCAAAAGAUUACCUCAAGUUGGUUUCUCAUUUUGGUAAAGAUUUCUUGUGUCUCUUGGUUCUAUCAAUUUAAAUAGAGCCUGAAAGAUACAAUGACAGUAUAAACUAUGUCCAAAAGACCUCCGAAUUGGAAAGGGAAGUUUGGUGCUUCCCAAAAGGAGGGUGAGGGGCAGGAGAAUAUGGUGAAUAUGUAUCACUUUUCGCAGGCGCCUCUUCUGGAUUUUGACCGUUAUAAAGCAGAACAAAUAGAUAAAGAAAGAAGACUCACAAACGGCUUUUUUCAUUAAGAUGAUAUACCUUUCAUUUCUACUUUUUCUCAGUUGAUAAGCCCCAAAAUAACACAGAGACACUGAAAAAAGCCUUCUUACAACCUUCUUACAAUUUUCUAUACUGCCAGUUUCACCGGCCUUUUAGGUGUUGGUUGGGACCCUACUGGCCUCUAAUGCUGGUUUUUUCAGUAGCGUAUCCACCAACUGGUUCUGAUUGGCACUUUUCAUCUUCAAAUAUGCGAUGUUCUGCCUCACUGACAAUGGCAGAUGGGCCAGUAAAUCUCAAUCUUGACCUCACAUUAGGAUCACCUGGGAAAGUGUUAGAAAAACAAAAUCCCAAUGUCCAGGCUUCUCCCUGGACCAAUCAAAUCUGAAUCUCUAAUGGUAGGAUUCAUGCACUGAUAUGUUUUGAAGCUUCCCAAUGACUGCCAUGUGCGGCCAAAGCUGAAAACCCCUGUUAGAUUCUAUUUUGGUAUAUUAACUAUGAUCUUAACUAAUGAAAGUUGCUGAACUGCUGGGGAACUUGACUAAGCAAUGGAAUAUCCCUUAGAAACACAAUGAACACCCACUAAUUUUAGGCAGUAACACAAAAUUAUUGGGGCCUUAAUAUUCUCUUUAGAGAAAUACAUUCCACAGAAUUCCACAAGUUGUAGAUGACAUGUUCUCGCUUAUGAAAGAAUAUGCCACCAGGUUCAUAGGAGAAACAAUAUGGUGCUGCUUUUACUAAGCUACCAAAGAGAACAACAUAAGAAAAUCAUCAAUUCCUAACUAGGGUGAAAGUGCCUAUAGUAUAUCACAAACAUGAGAAACAACCUUUUCACCAUUAAGUGGACUCUGACAAAGCAGUUAAUAGAAUCUUGAAGUCUAGAAGGAAUCCUUUAAGAUGUGUAAUAAUACUAUUCUACACCUGAGGAACUUAGGGUCAGAGAUAAGUGGCUAGUCUGAUAAUUUACUGCUCAUGAGGGGUGUUAUAAAAACUGCCCUUGUCCUCAUUCCUAGUCCAGGGGUUGCAUUUUUAAUGUACACAGAAGCAUUUAAUUUCAGGUAUGGCCAAUAGUAAAUGCUCAAUAAAUUGUAGCUGUUGGGAGAAGUAAUGAUGAUAGUAUUAAUGAUCACAUUGGUAAUAAUAAUGUCUACAGGGUUUUCCAGUGUUAUAAACACUGCCUUAAAAUCCUUAGCAAAUAAAAAACUAUUUCUUGCUGGGCACAGUGGCUCAUGCCUGUAAUACCUGCUACUCAGGAGGCUGAGGUGGGAGGAUUGAUUGAGGCCAGGAGUUCAAGGCCACCCUGGGCAACAUAGCAAGACCCCAUCUCUAAAAACAACCAACCAAACAAAAACCUAUUUCUUUUGUUGAUGACACCUUAUUUAUUUGAAACACAAGAAAUUUAAAAAGCAAAAUAAUAAACAGGGGAAAUAAAAAGCCUUUUAUUUAGAGCUGCAAUGAAAAUUUAGCAUAGCCUUUCACUAUUGAAUGACUCAUCAGUUGAACAUUUUAUGUAAUUAAUUAUAAAAUAUAUGUAAUUUGAUCUGAUUUUGUCUAGAAGAUUCUAGAGUAUCAUUUUCCUGAUGCAAAUACUAUACAUAUGUUUAUAUCUAAAGAGUUAAAGGUACUUUCACAGGUUAUUUAAUUCAAUUCUCACAUACAAUUAGAAAACGGAGAUAUUAUCCCUCCUUCUUUAAAAUUAAAAAAACAUAAGCUCAGAGAAUGAAAGGGGACGUGGCUAAAGUGUCUCCACUAAUAAGUGGCAUGGCCAGUAGUUCAUCACAGGUUUUCCACCUUUGAGACUGUCCUUAGGUUACUUCUUUGGACUAUGUCACUCUGGCCUUUUGAAUAAUUAACUUUACAGAGCAAGAGUGUAAUGCUAUGUCCCUGGCUUUCAUCAGGCAAAAUGUGAAACACAUCCAUUUGAAAACUUGCUUUUUGAAAACACAGGACCUCAUUAUGUUGUUCAGUGUCUCUCCUUUAAAUUCUCGAUGACAAAUUAUUCUCCGAGUUCAGAGUCAGGAAAGUAUCUAUAUCAUCCACCAAAACCGGGAGCUUUCUUUUGUUAGAUCUAGAGAGUUAUAUGAUCCAUUGAAUGUCCCUCCUUGCCUUGGCUUCUAGGGUGCUCAGAGCAAAGUUUUAUACUUGGUCACUCCAGUUCUGGUUCUUCUCAAUCUAAGUUUCUAUUGCAUCCUCUCUCUCUUCCCCUUCAUCUCCCAAACCACUACCACCUUUAAUAUAUUACUUUCGCUUUUUGUAUUUAUCAGUGAUUCAAUUUUAUUUUACUGUGAUUUUGGUAAACAUCUGUAGUGUUCAACUACUUGGCAGAUUUGUCCCCCUUUUUGUGAUAAUAGAACUCUAACACUUCUUGGUUACAUCACAUGUUUUACUAUCUGAUGAUUAUGUUGGUCAUCAAUCCUUCUUCUGCAAGGAACACAAUAUAACAACAUUACAAUGCAUCUUUCUUUGUUUUGUUUUUGCUGAUUUGGGUAGAACAUAGCAAAAAUAAAAAUACGUUCAUUUUCUGUCAUUUUGGUAAUAAAUCUGAAGCCAUGCUUAACAGAAUAGUUUUAAGUUUAAAAUGAAAUAAUUUUAUAAAUAUUUUACCCUUUUAAAACAAGGACGUCUCAGUUCUUAUGGCAUCAAGAUGCUCAAAUUAAAUUCACAAGGCUCUUCAGGACCAAUUAUAUUGGUGUUUAACCCUCCUAAUGUCUUUUUUGCAUCUUAAUAUCAUUGAUUUCUUUACCAAUAAUGCCAAAUACAGAAACUAUUCCUGCU